AUGGCGGAGAUAUUCAGGUGCGAGGCGUACCACAGCCAGCAGGUGGACCGCGCAGGGGUGUUGGAGCGGUUCAUCCAGGGCACCAUGGACGUGAUCAUGGCCACCAACGCGUUGGGCAUGGGGGUGGAUAUCCCAGACAUCCACGUGAUCAUCUACAUUGGCGUGCCACGGACGUUGUUAGAUUACGCGCAGGAGAGUGGCCAGGCUAGGCAGGACAGGCAGGCCAGCGAGGCCAUCAUCAUCCAGCUAGAGGGGAUGGACGAGUAUAGUCAUGGUGGCAGUAUAGGUGGUCACCAUGCACGGGAGGGGAAGGAGGUAGAGGAUCAGGAUUAG